UUUGUGAAUGCAAGGAAACUAGAAGGCAAGGUAGCGCUCAUCACCGGAGCAGCAAGUGGAAUCGGAAAAGAAACAGCCGCGAAAUUCAUCAACAACGGUGCCAAAGUUGUAAUAGCAGAUGUACAAAAUCAGCUCGGCCAAGAAACUGCCUCCGAGCUCGGGCCAAACGCCUCCUUUGUGGUCUGCGAUGUCACAAAAGAAUCCGACGUCUCCAAUGCCGUGGAUUUCACCGUCUCCAGCCACGGACAACUCGACAUUAUGUACAACAAUGCAGGUAUAGCAUGUCGUACUCCACGGACCAUAGCCGAUCUUGACCUCGAUGCAUUUGAUCGGGUCAUGGCUAUCAACGUCCGUGGGGUGAUAGCAGGAAUUAAGCACGCAGCUCGGGUGAUGAUCCCACGGAAAACCGGUUCCAUAUUGUGCACAGCUAGUGUCACAGGGGUGAUAGGAGGUCUAGCGCAGCCCACGUAUUCGACAACCAAAUCCUGUGUGAUCGGAAUCAUGAGAUCCGUAACAGCAGAACUAAGUGAGCACGGAAUCAGAAUCAAUUGUGUAUCGCCCUUUGCCAUUCCAACCCCGUUCUAUUUGGAUGAGAUAAAAUUGCACUACCCGGAAUUGGAACCUGAAGUUCUUGUUAAAAUGUUGCAUCGCACGAGUGAGUUGAAAGGAGCUUACUGUGAGCCAAUUGAUGUGGCUAAUGCUGCUCUGUUUUUGGCUAGUGAUGAUGCCAAGUAUGUUAGUGGCCAUAACUUGGUGAUAGAUGGAGGUUUCACCUCUUAUAAGAGUUUAAAUUUCCCCAUGCCUGAUCAAGUAUAGUACUCAU